AGGGCAGUAGGGCGGAGAGUAACCUUGCUCAAUGCUCACGUUAGACACCAUUUACUACCUGCCUCAUAUUAGGCGAAUUGUAUGAAAAACACUUGUCAUAGAAGAUUAAUCAGGAUGAAGAUUGAUAUUCAUAAUCACAUUUUACCCAAGGAAUGGCCCAAUCUGAAAGAGAGAUAUGGAUAUGAUGGAUUUAUCCAGCUGCACCAUCACUGCAAGGGUCGGGGCACAGCAGGGUCUGCCUGGGCUUGCUGUGGGAGCAUCUAUAGAACACAGCAUGUUGUAGGGGAAGCAAAAAUGAUGAAAGACGGGAAGUUGUUCCGUGUGAUCCAGGAGAACUGUUGGGAUGCAGACGCAAGGAUUCGGGACAUGGAUGCACACGGGGUGACGGUCCAAGCCUUGUCCACAGUGCCUGUCAUGUUCAACUACUGGGCCAAACCCCAUGACACCCUGGACCUGUGUGAGAUCCUGAAUGACGACCUGGCUAAGACAGUGGCGCUCCACCCCCGGCGCUUCGUGGGGCUGGGUACCCUGCCCAUGCAGGCUCCUGACCUGGCUGUGCUGGAGAUGAAGCGCUGUGUGAGGGAGCUGGGCUUCCCUGGGGUCCAGAUCGGCUCCCACAUUAACACCUGGGAACUCAACGCCCCUGAACUCUACCCAAUCUAUGCUGCUGCUGAGGAACUGAACUGUUCCUUGUUUGUACACCCAUGGGACAUGCAGAUCGAUGGGAGGAUGGCCAAGUACUGGCUACCCUGGUUAGUGGGUAUGCCAUCAGAGACUACCAUGGCCAUUUGCUCGAUGAUCUUCGGAGGUGUCUUUGAGAGAUUUCCCAAGUUGAAGGUCUGCUUUGCUCAUGGAGGGGGUUCUUUCCCAUUCACUAUUGGCCGAAUUGAACAUGGGUUCCAGGUCCGACCUGACCUCUGUGCUGUGGAUAACAAGGCCAACCCACGGAAAUACCUGGGCUCCUUCUACACUGACUCCUUAGUGCAUGACCCCAUCGCCCUCAAGCUACUUAUUGAUGUGAUCGGAAAGGAUAAGGUGAUGUUAGGAACAGACUAUCCAUUCCCACUGGGUGAGCUGCAGCCAGGAGCAUUAAUAGAGUCCAUGAAGGAGUUUGAUGGUGGUUUAAAGGACAAACUGCUUGCAGGCAAUGCACUGAACUUUUUGGGGAUUAAAAGAGAACAAUUUCAAUGAUUUAUAGCAUGAAGAUAUUGUCAAAAUAAAAAGGGGAAACAAUGUUUGACUUUCAAAUUAUUGGCAGGACCGUAAUACAGAUACAACCUAAUGCGUGACCAAAAUGUAAAUAUUUAAUUUAUCUAUUUAGCUCAUUUAUAAUGAUUUUUGUUUACACUGUUGGAAGUCAUCUGUGGUCAACACUCUUUUUGCUGUUUAUGACUAAAUAAAAUUGAAUGUUCAUUUCAAA